GCGUGACCUCUGACAGCUGCCAUGAUAUGGCGGAUGUUGAUGACUAAAUGGGAAGUAAAGUGCACCUCACCCAAUUUUGUAAAAAAUCAUAGAUCAAAGUAAUAUCUAAACAUCAGUUUAUUUCUUGAUGGUUUGGAUAUAUAAUUGGAUUUCAAAAUCUUUUUCGAAGCCUAGUUUAUUUUUUUCUUUCACUUGAAGGAUAUGGACUGUUCUCUUGUAAAGUUGUGCUAAUGGACAUUUGAUUUCAUGAUAGGAUAUCAUUCUCUCACAUCUUAUGUGAGCCAUCACAAGGAGCUAUCUGAAAACACAGUGAGCUGAUAUUUUGUUUGAAGAUGGAGAAAAAGAUAGAAAAAAACAGGAACAGUUUUCUUGACAAACCCUUUUUUAAAGGCAAGAGUAAAAAGCACACUAAAAGCACAUCUUCAUCUUCCACUAAAGGACAGCAGUAUGAAGACCAUGGAUUUAAUGUUGGGGGAUCACAGUCGGAGACUCUGGAUUUUCAAUCCAUGGGUCAAAAAGAAGUCAAUGAAUACUUUGAACAGUGGCUGGAUGACAUGAACUUGACUGAAGAAAAGAAAGCCCCCCUGCGGUCUAAAGAUGAGCAGUACAAGAAAAACAUGUUGCAGAUGCAGUUCAAGGGAGCCGCCAAGUCUAGAGGCACUGAUGAUUCCCCACAAGCAUUCAUUGUCGAGCUCAUGAACCCUGACCUCAAGGGAAGUAAACGGACUCAAGUUUUGGAAGCUCUGAGAGUAUCUCUGACCAGUAAGCCUGUCAGCUGGGUUACUGAAUUUGGUGAAAAAGGACUGAAUGCCAUCUUGAGGAAUCUCACCUACUGCUGUGAUAGUUCCUUGGAGAGGAGAAGUACAUAUGAAUGUGUACGAUGUUUGAAAGCCUUUAUGAACAACAAGUUUGGCUUAAAGAAUAUUUUGGACCAUGAAGAAGCGCUGACCAUUUUGUCCAGAACAGUAGACCCUGCUGAUCCACCCACAAUGCUUGAAGCUGUUCGGCUGUUAGCUGCCAUCUGUUUGGUCCCACCUAAUGGACAUGAAAAAGUCUUAGACGGACUCACGAUUUCUGGCGAAAUUCGAACACGUGAACGAUUCAACCCCAUUAUCAGUGGUUUGGGUAUGAGAGAUAAUCCAGCCAUGCAGGUUGCCUGCAUUCAACUGGUCAACGCCAUAGUUUUCACCCCUGAUGAUCUUGACUUCAGGAUGCAUCUGAGAAAUGAAUUCAUGAGAGCUGGUCUCAUUGACCUGAUAGAAUCUUUAGAUAAACAAGAAGAUGAUGAGCUGAAAACACACGUCAAGAUUUUCCAUGAGCACAAAGAGGAAGAUCAGGAAGAUUUCUCUCAUCGCUUUGAAAACAUUAGCAUGGAGAUGGAAGACCCUACAUCAUGUUUUAAACUCAUUCUUAGCUCAGUUGCCAACACUUUAGCUGAACCUUACUUCCUGUCCAUUUUACAACAUCUGCUUUUGAUACGGGACGAUCUCUUUGCCAGACCACAGUACUACAAACUGAUUGAAGAAUGUGUGACCCAGAUAGUACUUCAUCGCAGUGGAUGUGAUCCAGACUUCAGACUGACAAAAAGAUUUGAUAUAGAUGUAGAACCUUUGCUGAGUACCUUGUCAGAGAAAUCUAAAUUUGAAGAUCCUGGAGAAAUCAGUUUUGCUGAUAUGACCGUUAAGCUGGACAGUGCUCUCACAGCUAAACAGGAAUCUGAAGCCAAAGCUACCAGCUUGGAAAAUAAACUUCAACAGUAUGAGCUGGAACUGACACAACUCAAAGAAAAAAUCAGUCAGGGGAUUGGCGCCAACAUCAGUGCUGUUUUAACCAAAGGUGAAGGGGGUGGGCCCCCUCCUCCACCUCCACCACCAGGAGGUGGGCCCCCUCCUCCACCACCACCUCCUCCACCUCCUGGUGGUGGGCCCCCACCCCCUCCACCUCCUCCCCCUCCUCCGGGCGGUGGGCCCCCUCCUCCUCCUCCGCCUCCAGGCGGUGGCCCUCCUCCUCCUCCUGGUCCCCCACCACCUCCUGGCAUGGGCCCCCCACCUCCACCUGGAAUGGGCUCCCCGGCGGCAUUCUCUCCACUGUCCAGCCAGCUUCCACACGGCAUGGCUCCAAAGAAGAAAUAUUCCACCAACACUCAGACAAAGAGAUUAAACUGGAACAAAAUCAAUCCCAAACAAUUAGAGAAGGAUUCUAUUUGGGUCAAUUUGCGUGAGGAACAGUUUGAAAGCCCGGAUAUCUUAAUGAACCUUGAGGAGAUGUUUUCUACUAAAGCACCACCCAAGAAAGUGGAAUCUGAUAAUGUCGACAAGAAACCUGCCAAGAAGGGGAAGGAACUCAAAGUACUCGACAUGAAAUCUGGUCAAAAUUUGUCCAUCUUGCUGGGCUCUAUCAAAAUUCCCUAUGCUGAAAUUCGCCGGCGCAUCAUGGCUGUGGAUGAGGACAACCUUAACACUGCCAUGUUGGAACAGCUGAUCAAGUACAUGCCAGAGCCAGGAGAUAUGAAGAAACUUGGCGAGCUGAAAGAGUCCUAUGAAGAACUGGCUGAGCCUGAGCAGUUUGCUGUCACAAUGUCUUCAAUAAAACGCAUCGUUCCUCGCUUAAAUGCCAUGCUUUUCAAAAUGAGAUUUUCUGAAAUAGUUUCAGAUAUCAAGCCAGACUUGGUCUCUGCCACGGAAGCCUGCUAUGAAAUUAAGAACAGUCGAAAGUUUGCAAGGUUACUUGAGUUACUUCUCUUGAUGGGAAAUUAUUUGAAUGCUGGAUCCAGAAAUGCACAGUCUAUAGGUUUUGAUAUUAGCUUUUUGACUAAAUUGGAAGGUACCAAGAGUCAAGACAACAACACCACAAUGCUCCACUUCCUGGCCCAAGUGCUAGAAGAGAAGUAUCCUGACAUCAUUGGCUUCAUGGAUGAAACAAUUCACAUAGAGAAGGCAGCCAGAGUUUCAACUGAGACGCUCCAGAAGAACAUUUCUGCCAUGGGCAAACAAAUCAAUGAGCUAGAGUUGGACCUGAAAAAUUUGGGCAAAUCCAAUGAUCCAGACGACAGAUUUGCAGAAGUUAUGAAAGAUUUCCUGAAAGAGGCUCAACAGCAGCAUGAUUUACUUAGCACUAUGUAUAAAAAACUAGAGUCUCUUUUUGAAGCAACAGCCAAAUACUUUGCCUUUGACCCCAAGAAAUACACCAUGGAAGAGUUCUUCAGUGACUUAAAAACAUUUAAAGAUUCUCUACAAAAAGCUAUCAAGGAGAAUGCCAAGAUGAGGGAAACGCAAGAGAAGAUUAAGAGAGCCAAAGAGGCCAAAGAGAAGACCGAGAGAGAAAAGAAAGAGAAGAAGAUGCGCCAGGCAGCAAUAGUGGACAUGACAACAGAUGACAACCAAGAGGGUGUCAUGGAUAAUUUGUUAGAAGCUUUGAAAACUGGCUCGGCGUUCAAUGUCAAGAGGGAUGGUAAGCGUCGGACUCCUAGGGCAGCUGGAGCUGAAAGGAGGGCUCAGCUAACAAGAACAAGGUCUAGACAGAAUCUCCUAGAUGGCUCAGUUGUCAGGGAGAUAGAUUUUGCUGAUUCAAGAGUCAACGAUUCAACCAUCACGGAAAAAAACAAUAGGAACAGUAGGAAAAUGAAGGAGGAAGAGUCAGAGGCAGAGAAACUUCUCGAGAGAUUAAAAGCUUUGUGAGGCCAGCCGUUAGAUUUGUACUCAUUUCUGCUUUAGACGUCUUUGAAAUAGUGGUGGCGCAUUACUGUUAGUACGCCUCAUUCAUCCUAUGAACCUUGCACAUUACUGUUAGUACGUCUGGUUCAUCCUCUGAACCCUGUGGGAAGGUGCUAGUAAUAGAUCAUUUUAACCUCAUCUGCUUUGAAACUUGGCUGGAGCUGUCAUGGUAAUUGGGCAGUGCUCGAGUCCAACUCAGCCUUCCUUUUUGCUUUGCCAUCAGUGCAUUCAGCAAUCUUUUCAUGGCAAUACCAUUAUGCUACAAACACACUCACCCUAAUGUUAUAAUAUAAGCCACACACGGUUAGGCAUGUUAUUGGAAAUAUUCAAAAUAAAUUUCUGUACAGUCGAUAAUAUUUAUAUUAUUCUUUUAAUAACCUGUUUGUAUUACAUUUAAAAUAAUCUGACGAUGUGGUGUCACCAAUAACGCAAAGUUUGUAAGGUUAUUUUUCUUUGUGAAUGUUUUUAAUACAUGUUUUAAAUUUUAAUACGAAUCACACAAAUGUACAUAGGAACAUCUAUAAGGAAAAAUGGAGGCAUAACAUUUUUUUUUUAUUCAUUAUCUUAGUCACCAUAUCUAUAAUAUUAAUUCACCUAGAGUGUGCAGUGCACUCCCAGGCAACUGAAAAUCUAUAUAAGCGAUCAACAUUGAAAAGUUUAUUGUCCAGCAGACAACUGACCAUAGGGAAUAAGCAGGUAAUAAUAAUAUGAAGAAAUUAGUUUGCUGUGGUAAACAUUUUUUAAGGCCAAUAACUCUCAAUAUUUUGUAUAGAGUUAAUAGCCCCUGCUAAGUUUCAAAAGAAAAAAAUAAAUUCCCUAGCAGAGAGGGAUUAACAAUUGUACUGACUCCCACAUGAUUGCAAGUAUUUUUUAUUUUUUUUUGUGGACACAAAAAUUAAAAGCAUAAGAGAACAUUGCAGUAGCGAUUUUGUCAUUAUGCCUAUCAAUAAUGUUAUGUAGGCUGAUAUUAUACAAAAUUGUUUUGUAAACAUUUUUAAACAGCAAAUGUUAAUACUCUAGAUUAGUUUUGUUAAUCACCCCUGUAACUUGAGAGUUAUUAAAUAAGAUUGUUAUCAAGAUUGUAUGCUUUUUCAAUGAAAGUAAAAUAUCUCUGACAGAGUAAUUCAAACCAGCCUAAAGAUAUUGGGAUGUUUUGUUUGUAGUGAUGGCUGUUGGUUACUUCUUCUGGCCAGUUUGAGAAGGUCAUAACAGGUGCAUCAGCUUCGUCUUGCUCUUUAGCAUUUGUUCUGUCCUAAAAGAAGUGCUUACAAUCUUCUGAUCCUGCCAUGAUCUCUAGAACUCUUUCAAGUUGGAAAGCAGAAAAAGUAUUACCUUUGCUUAUGGCUAAAUGUAUUUUGUAGUCUGUUUAUAGGACUCUCUAUUUAAACGCUGUCGACAUCAUUGCUAACUAUUAUUUAAUCAAAUGGUUAAUAGUGAUAUUAAAAAUAAAGUCAGUAAAUUAGUUGUUAAACAAUGGUCAAUACUCUGCCCAACGAUAGCAUUUCAUUUUGUUUUGUUGCUAAACCUUAGUGCCAGUUUGAAUGAGGCGACAUCAAUGUCAAUUCUCCGCUCAUUAUGUACCAUUCUGCUGUCUGUGGUAGCAUUCGGCUUUUAAAUGGUCAGGGUUGAAUGAUCUAGACAUGGUCACACGGUCAAUAAGAAUUAGAGGAAAUGAUUUUUUUUUUUUUAAAUAAAUUUUUGUUUGCAUUGUACAGUUAAUGUUUUGAUAUCAUGACAUAAAACAAAGUAUGUGCCAAUUUGUUUGAUUGCUUCCCUUACUUUUGGUGUCUAACUUAUUGUGUGCCUGGACGACCACUUCAUCUGCUCAGCUUUCUGUGUUUUUAUUCAAGUAAUACAUUCAUUGAAAUGGCAAUGGCUCUUUAGGUGAGACCUUCAUUCUAAAGAUGAUUUGAGCCACAUCAAGCGUAUCUUUUUACCUCUGUCCUUUUCCUUGUCUUCCCACUUCUUUUAUCAGUCAAGGAUAUAUAUAUAUUGGUACUUUCUCACCUUGACUGGAUUAGCUUCAUCACAACCACUUAUCUCUUAUGCUAUUGGUGAAACUUAUUUGAAGAAUUUAUUUACUUUAUAAAGCAACAAUGAAAUUGAUACUGUAGCCUCUAAAACAGAUUUUCUUGUUAUCUUGAUCUAUUUGUUUCUGUCGUCUGCUUAAAGCUGACACAGUUCCAUGAGAGUUGUUGCCCUUGUUGUACUUCUACAUUCUCAUUGUUAUUGAACAUGUUCUUGUAAACCUCAGUAAACAUUGAUUUGUAAUUUUUUUUUGUUUUCCCUGUAAAUAUAUUUAUAUUUCUUUGCAUAUCUCAGACAUUGUAUGGACUAGAUUCUUUUCCCUUUACCAUUAAGUUCAUUGAAAUUAUUAGAUUAUGUUUUGUUUUGUGUGCUGUGUCCAAAUAUUGACUAGAAUUAGAUUGUUAUACUUUGUUCAAAUGUUAUUCUCCCAAGACAGUUGAAGUCAUAUUUUAACAGGCAAGUAAAUGCUAAAACUUUGACAGCAGUGACAACAAUAAAUGAAACAAAUAUUUAAGUUCAAAUAUUUAAUGGAAAGCUAAAGGAUUAGCAUUGGUUUUCUGAAAUUGGCUUUUGGCAUGGAAAAUUGUUUCCCAUAACUAAGCUACUUGGUUUUAAAGUAUCCUAAUGUAGAACAUUUUAUCAUCUUGAUAAUUGUUAGAGAAAUACAAGGUCCUUAUUCUUUUUACUUGUAUACAUUUUAGUAUAUGAUUAUUAUAGAUGAGUUAUAUAUGAAAAGCUUAAUCAUUCUUAAGGAAUGUUGCAGCACAUAAUGUUCUAUAUGUGACUGGAAGCUUAAAUAGGACUUAUUGCUUUGCUUUUGCCUUAAUUGACACAAAGUUUAUACUGCCUGACUUCAUCAUCUGAUCAAUGAAACAACACUGGACCAUUAUCAGUUGUAUAUGAAAUUAGAGAAAUGUAGCAACUCAGCAAACAAACAUUUCAGAUGGCAGGAAUAACCAAUUUUGACAUUUUUCAGUCAUGUUAUCCAGACUUAUAACUAAAGGAUAGCACUCAAAACCAACUGAACUCCUUGUCGUGCCAGCACACCACUGUAUCAGAGGGGAAAAGCUCAAUCUUUUUUGUUUUUGGUCAGGGAAAAGUUUGAAAAUGUGUUUAAUGAUCUCCAUGGACAGACACAUGCUUUCCAGAGGCGUAGCUGUGGGAGAUUUUGGAAAUCCCCCGGACCUCCAAUUGAGUGGUUUUUUUUAUAUUUAAUAUUACACAAAAUGCAGGGGCCCCCAAAGAGGUCAAGCAUCCCAAAUGGUGGCUAAUUCCUAGCUUUCAUAAUGAGACAUUUUUCAGGGUGUGAACAGAAUCAAGUCUCACAAUUCAUUUGUCAUUCUUUUUAACUUGUAACUUAUGAAUCUGCUGACAAGUACAUCAACUUCUUGGGGAAAUGUAAACUUGAACUAUUUCAGACACUCUUCUAUUUUAUGCUUGCUUCAGUAGAUUUUAUUCAAUAUAUUCCCAAUUUAAAGGACUGUAUCUACAGUAGUUUAAGCCUUUAUUUGCAAUACAUGUAUUUAUGUAAAUAAUGUUUUUAAAGUUUGAAGUGUUUUGUUGGCUUGUCAGUGUAGACUAAGCUUCUUGAUUGAUAUAGUCUUCAGAUCAUUUGGUAGUCAUGUGUAAAGAACACAAAUAGAAACUGAAAUGAAUGGUUUUCCUUGUUGCCUUAUUAAAUGAAGUUUUACAUUAUAGAUUAUGAAGAAAUGAUAUGUUGUUUCUUUAAAUAGAAAUCUUGAUUUGUCCAUUUGUGAUCUUAACUAUGAAAACAAUACAGAGGUCACCAAACGCUGGCAAUAAGAAAAGUUGUUUCAAGGACCUGGGUUAUUUUUAGUUUUGACAUUGAAUUGAUUUCUACUGUCGCAUUUGACAAAUGUAAAAGUUCAUAUUUACAUGAAGGAGGAAGUGUGAUGAAUGUAAUAGAGUUAGGAUCAAGUUGUGUAACUGGUUAUUACAAAUAUCAUUGCUGAAGCCUUUAUCUCAUUCCUAUUUUACCCCCAGGACAUUUGAGAUUUACUCAAGAGAAACUUUAACCAUUUUGUUUUAUGUUUGCCUGGCUUCUCACUAUUUGAUUUGAUUUUUUCAAACAAAAAAAAAAAGACAACUCUUCAGUUCUCCCUCUCCCUUAUAUUCUUGUAUGGGCUGCGUUCAAGUUAUUGCUAUGUAUGAAAUGUUAAGUCUUUUGCUAACUGGAUUCAUAUUGUCAAUGUAAAUUAAACAAAUAUCCCAAUGAAUUAUGGGAUCGGUAAAUGUACAACUUCUCACCAUUUUCUGCAGCUGCCCAUGUAACCAUAGCAACCAUCUAAAUCAUGUUAUUAGUAUGUCUGUCUUUCAUCUCUUUGUUCAAAUGAACAUUUUUUUUUCCUCAUUAUUUCUCUACUUUAUGUAAGAAUUAUUGAUAAUAAAGGUCUAUUUUAUAAACUUC